AAAGUUAAAAUAUGUUCUUAUGUCUUUACAGUAUUUAUGAUUGAACUGCCCCACAUGUGUGCGACCCCCGCGGCGUGCAGCAGUAUAUUACCCCGCUGUUACUGCUCUGUUAGGGGUAAUUGUACACUAAUCACCGUGAAGUUGUAAACCCCUCCCAGCUGCCUCCUGAUUGGUCGAGCCUCAGUGGACAUCAUCUCCCUGACCCCGCCCCCCCGCGGGUGUCCCAGGUAUAAGAUGCUCCAGGUCAACAGCUGAGAGGACAGAACAGGACUCUACAUUCCCCCGAAAACUCUCCAACCUGCUCCCGAGUUCCUCCUCUUCCUCCUCCUCCUCCUUUUUCUUCUUCUUCUUCUCCCCUGUAAAAACUUGUGUGUCUCACUGGAUUUUUUUCUUCUUCUGUGGUGUUUAUUUGGGACUGAAGCAUGGAGCUGUCGGAUAUCUCUUUCCCCAUCCCCGCCGCGGAUGAUUUCUAUGACGACCCCUGCUUCAACACCAGCGACAUGCACUUCUUCGAGGACCUGGACCCGCGGCUGGUCCAUGUGGGUCUCCUGAAGCCGGACGACUCCUCCUCUUCGGUCUCACCCUCCCCUUCCUCCUCCUCCUCCUCUUCCUCGCCGUCAUCCCUGCUGCACCUCCAUCACCACCGCGCCGAGGCGGAGGACGACGAGCACGUCCGCGCCCCCAGCGGGCACCACCAGGCGGGCCGCUGCCUGCUGUGGGCCUGCAAGGCCUGCAAGAGGAAGACCACCAACGCGGACCGGAGGAAGGCGGCCACCCUACGGGAGCGCAGGCGGCUCAGUAAGGUCAACGACGCCUUCGAGACCCUGAAGCGGUGCACGUCGGCCAACCCGAACCAGAGGUUGCCCAAAGUGGAGAUCCUGCGCAACGCCAUCAGCUACAUCGAGUCCCUGCAGGCGCUGCUGCGCGGCGGGCAGGACGACGGCUUCUACCCGGUGCUGGAGCACUACAGCGGGGACUCCGACGCCUCCAGCCCCCGCUCCAACUGCUCCGACGGGAUGGACUUUAACGGACCGACCUGUCAGUCCAACCGGAGAGGAAGUUACGACAACAGCUCUUAUUUCUCCGAGACUCAAAAAGGCGGUCUGAAGAACGACCGGAGCUCGUUGGUCUCCAGUCUGGAUUGUCUGUCCAGCAUCGUGGAGCGAAUCUCCACCGACAACAGCAGCCUGCUGCCGGCCGCCGACAGCUCCCCGCCGACCGACCCGGUGGGUGAGGCGGUGGCAGCAGCAGCGGCGGCCCCGGGUCCCGUCCAGAUCCCCUCCUCGACCACCAGCCAGGACCCGAACCUCAUCUACCAAGUCCUAUAGACACCCCCCCCCACAACCUGGGACUUUACCAUCCUGUUACAGAUCCACAAGAGCUGGAAACAUGUACGGAAGCUCGUUCAUGCCACAAAAACAUCUUAAAAAAAAGGUCCACAAACUUACUUACUGAGCUUUCAGCCACUUUACACACGGUCUUCAUCACCGGGUGGAGUUUAAUGUUUUAUAUCAAAUUUUAUAGAUUUUAUAGUUUCUGAAGGAAACUCCACGUGCUGAUGAAGACCGUCAGAUACAGUCGAAAGCUCUGGAAACAAGCGACAAUGUGGGCCUGGAGAUUAUUUAUUUUUAUUUUUUAACAACAACAAUCUUAAUUCAGUCUUAAUUUAAAAGCUGUAAAAUAAGGAAUGUAAAUACAGAUGUCACAGAAAAAUUGAUUAAAGACAGAAAAAAAUAGCCAAUUAAAGUCCUAAUUUUGGUCUUUUUAAUUAAUUAAAAUGAGAUUUUAUCAUUCCAACAUUUACACACAUUUAAUUUACUUUCCUGGCAUGAACGACCUUCCGUAUUUGACCCCCAGAUUCCCUUUUUCUUGCUGUUAAAAAAAAAGUAAAUUUUAGAUGUAGAUAAAAAAAAACACUUGAAUGCUGGGAAAUGUAGUUUUUUUUGGGCAACAUUUUUAAAAACAGGUUUACUGACGAAUAGAGUUCAGUUCAGUUCUUGCUGUAUUUUUUUAUUUUAAGUUAUGAAAGAAAUAUUUUAAGGCUCAGCUGAGUCGUUCAGAUGGAUUUUUCUUCCUCUCGGUUUCUAUUUGAUGAAGGACGGAGGCCAAAAAAAUACCGAAAAAAAAAAACCAAACAAACAUCCAUUUACAUUCCUCCACGUUCGUCCAUCUGAAGUCCUAAAAGCCCCGGCUGAUCGAUUCCCUCAGGAAGCACAGAUCAAUAAUCCUGUGAUAUUUCAGAACGAUUUAAGUGAUAAACAAACAACCACAGACACAAAUAACUAAAUGUUGGACCAUUUUUCUGUUUCUGUACAUAUUCUGUAAAUAAGAGCCGAUUUGUUCCAACUGAAAAGUAUUGAUUAUGUAUUUAAUGUUUCCGUCUGUAUGUGCUUUUGUUUGUUGUGAAAAUGUUAAACUUUAUAUUUAUACAUCUGAAAACUGAGUGACAGUUUAUUAAAUAAAUGAAUCUGCUUAUUUAUACAAAAGAA